AUGAAUGCGAUAAUAGCAGCAUAUAUGAUGAAAAAGAUGAGCAUUUACGAGGUAAUUGAGAAGUACGAGGGCGAUAAAGAGAGCGGUAAAAUAGUUGCAUACAUUUUGUACGAAACACUUCGCAUUUCAUCUGAGAGCGAGCUAGAACUGCACAAGAAAGCACUGGAAAAGUAUUUCAAAAAAGAGUACAUACCAGGCCUCUUCUCAGAAUACAUAAAAAUAGCAGUAGACCAGAAGAUGAGCCGUCUGCACGAGGGAAUAGAAGAGCUAAUUGGAUGGUGUCUUGAGAGAGUCUGCUCUCUUGAAGAAGUGCCGGGACUAGAAGAAAGGCUUAUUCUGUUCUUAAAAGGGAAUAGAGAAAAAAGAGAUAGAGGAUCUAUCCAAAGUAUCAUAAGACAAGCUAUGAAAAAAGGAAGCAAAGAAGGCAAGGAACACUUUACAAGGAUAAUACUCGAAAAUAAGUGCAGUAGUUUGUACGGGCUUGUAGACAGUAGAAGAGUAGUUGCCGAUGUGAUAGUAAAAGUGUACGAAGAGCACAGGAUAGCUGAGGGAAUAAAAAAGAAUAGAGAAAUACUGCAGGGUGUAGCAGAGUACAAUGUAAACCUACUUUUGCCAAUUAUCAGAAGAAGUAUAGCAGAAGUGCAGGAAGAUGCUGGGUGCACACAGAGAGAGUACGAUGAAGAGAGAGUAGAAGAUAAGAACGGGCUGAUACUGCGAGCGGAUGCAGAAAAAGUGCUGAACAAGAUACAGAUAAGCAGCAAGGGGAGAGAAAAGGAAAGAAGAAUAGUGGUAGAAUGGCUUAGAGAGAUAAGAAAAAUAGUCGAUAAAAAAACAAAAAAGACUUCUACGGAUCUUGUAGAAAUAGGACAGGAGAAAAGAAUAGACAAUAAUAUAAUCAACACAAGCAACCUAUUGGUAGGAGAGAAUGUGUCUGAUUUGCUUAGUGAAUGCAUCCAUAGCAUAAACAGCCAGUCUGUUUUCCUUAUUGCAGAAGUAUGCGAAGAGAGCCGAAUAAGUAUCCCUGCAGGAUGCGAUCUAUCAAGAGCCGUUCUUCUGAGAGUAUUAGAGGCAACAGGAGAUAAAGAGUACAUAAACAGCCAUCCGAUCAGUAGGAUGAUAAACAUUGCAGAAGAAAUAUCAGCGAAAUAUGACUACUAUCUUAGCCUGAUUUUCAAGAACAAAUCAAACCUGUCGAUAUCUCUUAAUAUAAUCAACGCAAUAGUGGAGUAUGGAUACCAUGGGAGAAUAGCUGGGCUGACUGUUGAGCUGUCCAACCUGCUUAAGAAGAUGGAGUACGUGAACAGAAAUAGAUUUAUCCUGAGCAGAUCGCAGGAGAUAGAGUAUAUCCCAAAGAUAAUCAAAAAAAUAGUUGAAAAAACACACUUUAAAAAGAAGGACCUGAAAAUGAUAUUUAAGUCUGUGGUUUACUUGAUAACCACAGAUAACACAAGCCUGGUUAAAGAGAUAUAUCCUGUUCUGGAAAGCAUAAUUUAUGCAUACAAAGAGCUGGAUGAAGGAGUGCCAGAGUACAUGUAUGGAAUGAGGAAAGCAGAAACAAAAACACUUCACAACAGAAUGCAAAGUAUUGCUGAUAAGAAUGAUAAAAACAAUGAGAAUAGCUUAUCCCAAACAAAAUAUGGCGAAGAAGAAGCUGCAGAUGAUGAUCCAAAUAGAGUGCCGAUGAGCGAUAAAGACAACAACAGCAAUAAUGUCAUGGUUGUUUCUGCUGAAGUGUUUGAAAUUAUGAACGGAUCUGGCUUUGACUAUUCUAUGCGCUCUGAGAUUGUCUCGCUGCUCGCAGUGAUGCUGGCAACCACAGGAGACUUUCUCAUCGCGAGAAUAGAGAAGUAUCUGCUUCCCGAUAUAGUUCACUACUAUACAAAGAACAGCUCCAUUGUCAACUCUUCUGAGUCAAAAGCGUUGGUCUUUUUCGUAUCUGAAAUUUCAAAACAUCCGUUGAAAACAACAAACUAUCUUAGCUUAGUGCAUCUUCUUCUAAUACUAACAGAAAGAAACAUCGAGGGCUCUGAAGGCAUCUUAAAAGCGCUCUACACAGCAGAUAAGUAUGCUCUUGUCUAUGCAAUACACCACUUUACAAAAAAACAGAACAGAAAAACAAGAGCAGGGCUGUCCAUAAGAGCCAGAGAAAAAAUACAGAAAAUAUUUACAGAAAAUGACCAAACAAAAUAG